AUGAAGAAUAAAGAAGGCUGGGACGGAAAAAUGAGGGUCGAACCCAAGGCUGUUAUCACGAAUCCUGAGGCCCUGGAGGACUCUGAUUACUCGGAUCCCGAAGCACCUCCAGUGGACGAGAUCCAGGCUGAUGAAGAUCUCUUGGCCGACGAAGACCCGAACUCGGAGGAUAUCGACCUCGUUCACUGCAAAAUCCAGUCAAUCCCCGCACUAAAACUGGAACGUUUCCCUAAACUUCAGGUAACGCACCCUUAUCGACCGCGGGACUUCGUCCCAGACAGCGAAAUGAACCUGUGGCGCUAUCCUCGCCCGGCGCACGACGGGCGCAGACUAUGCAUGCGCCAAAACCAAAUAACACGCAUCGAAUUUCCGUCCAACGUCGCCGCCAGCUUGACCGAACUCGACCUCUACGAUAACCUCAUUUCGCAUCUCAAGGGUCUGGACGAGUUUCAUGAUCUGACGAGCUUGGAUUUGAGCUUUAAUAAGAUCAAGCAUAUUAAGAAUAUCUCGCAUCUCAAAAAAUUGACGGAGAUUUUCUUUGUGCAGAAUAAGAUUGCGAGGAUUGAGGGUUUGGAGGGUUUAACUAGGAUUACGAAUUUGGAGUUGGGUGGGAAUAAGAUUCGAGAACUUGAGAACUUGGAAACUUUGACGGCUCUGACACAACUCUGGGUUGGAAAGAAUAAGAUUGUCGAGAUGAAGAACCUAGAGUCCCUUUCCAACCUCAAAAUCAUCUCCAUCCAAUCCAACCGCCUCACAAAAAUCACUGGCCUCUCCUCCCUCAAGAACCUCGAAGAGCUAUACCUCUCCCACAACGCCAUAACCGACCUAUCAGGCCUGGAACAAAACGAGAACCUGCGCGUCCUGGACUUCUCCAACAACCAAGUCUCGCACUUGGAACACCUCUCCACGCUAAAGAACCUCGAGGAGCUAUGGGGCUCCAAUAACCAGCUUGCUAGCUUUGAGGAGGUCGAGCGUGAGCUAAAGGAUAAGGAGAAUCUUGAGACUGUUUACUUUGAGGGAAAUCCGUUGCAACUGAAGGGGCCGGCUGUUUAUCGGAAUAAGGUGCGCUUGGCGUUGCCUCAGAUAAAGCAGAUUGAUGCUACUUUUGUCAAGGUCUGA